UCCACGAGCAGCAGACCGGAGCGAUGGCUCCGCUAACCUAACCGCGCCGUGGCCUCGUCGCGUUCUCUCCCCCGGAAUCGGAAACCGAUACCGUGGCGACGGCAGGUAGGCGGCGACGAGAGCAGGCGGCCGGCGCGAUCAGGAAACCCCAGGACGCAUCGGGAUUGUACGUACAACGUACACUACACGCGGCCGGCAAGCCCAUGCCAUGCCCAAGCAAGCCCAACUCAAAUGCGGCAAGAGGAGGGAAGCCGGCGCGAAACGUUCCGUUGCGCCGCGCACCUUCCAGUUCCGGGUCACGCGCACGCGGGCGACGGGCGGGGGAUUCGCUGACAAGAUAUAAAUCCCUCCGAGGCGGUUGGGGGGAGAGAUUGGCGGCGGAGCGGUAGAGCCGAGUUGCACGCGGCCACGCACUAGGCAGAGCAGCCGGUUGAUCCCGACGCGGGAGGAGGCCAUGGGGAGCCCGAGCCACCAGGGACGCGGCGGCGGGAGCGGGGAGGACGGGGAGGAGACCGGGUCGUGGCGGCUGCGCAUGGGCAGCGGCUUCCACGUCCCAGAUCGGUUCCACCGCCAGACGCCCUUCUACGCAAGGAUCUUCGGCGGCUCGCACGGGAAGCAGAGGAAGAUCGCAAAGUAUUACAAGAAACAAGAGAAUCUACUGAAGGAUUUCAGCGAGAUGGAGACCAUGAAUGAACUUGGUGGCUCAGAUCAGAAUGGUCCUUCCGAGGAAGAGUUAAGGCAACUGGCAAAGAGCGAAAGAUUUGCUAUUAACCUGUCGAAUAUAAUCAAUCUGAUCCUCUUUGUCACAAAAGUCGUUGCUUCUGCCGAAAGUUUAUCGAUGGCAGUAAUAGCGUCGACGCUGGACUCUCUACUGGACCUUCUGUCAGGUUUCAUUCUUUGGUUUACGGCGCACGCUAUGAAAAAGCCGAACAAGUACAACUACCCGAUUGGGAAGAGGCGCAUGCAGCCAGUGGGGAUAAUAGUCUUCGCAUCAGUAAUGGGCACACUUGGCUUCCAAGUGCUGAUCGAAUCAGGUCGCCAGCUGAUCACGCAGGAGCACGCGAAUUUCCAGCGCAAGCAGGAGCUCUGGAUGGUCGGCAGCAUGUCCUCCGUCGCGGUCGUGAAGUUCUUCCUCAUGCUCUACUGCCGGACGUUCAAGAACGAGAUCGUGAGGGCCUACGCCCAGGACCACUUCUUCGACGUGAUCACCAACUCGGUCGGCCUGGUCGCGGCGCUGCUCGCCGUCCGGUACAAAUGGUGGAUGGAUCCAGUUGGUGCCAUACUGAUCGCGCUGUACACGAUCACGACGUGGGCGCGGACGGUGCUGGAGAACGUGGGCACGCUGAUCGGCAGGUCGGCGCCGGCGGAGUACCUGACGAAGCUGACGUACCUGAUCUGGAACCACCACGAGGAGAUCCGGCACAUCGACACGGUGCGUGCCUACACCUUCGGCACCCACUACUUCGUGGAGGUGGACAUCGUGCUCCCGGGGGACAUGCCGCUCAGCCAGGCGCACGACAUCGGCGAGUCGCUGCAGGAGAAGCUGGAGCAGCUGCCGGAGGUCGAGCGCGCCUUCGUUCACGUCGACUUCGAGUUCACGCACCGGCCCGAGCACAAGGCCGAGGUCUGAUGGCUUGGCUAGUGGCUAGGCUACUUUCUUACUCAGAGCUCAGACCAGUUGUAGCAGAGCUGCUGAAGAUCUGAUGCCACAAGUAUUUGUAAGACGAAAUGCAACAUCAUUUCUUGAGCCCUCAACUCUUAAAGGGCAUCUAGAUGUUUUUUUGCGAAAUAGGCAUUUUUGUCCUUGAACUUUCACCCAAGGCUCAAUUUGAUCCCUCAACUAUCAAAAUGACCAUUUUAAUCCUCAAA